AUGCAGGACCAUGGAGGAGAGAGACAGGUCGCCAGCAGUCUGCCCCACAGCGUCAAGGCGAGCCUGUCGCUUUCUCCCACGGGGCCGGGACGGGCAGGCAGUGGUGGUGGGGGCUCCCCCACGGCCAAGAUGGACUACUGCGGAGGGGUGCCAGUGGAGGACAUGCAGGCCCUGGCCAUCACGUCUCUGUCGGCAUCCGACGUGGCCAAACAGUACGAGCACAUCCGGGAGCUGGGGAAGGGCACGUACGGCAAGGUGGACCUGGUGGCGCACCAAACCCAGGGCACCAAAAUGGCGCUAAAGUUUGUUACCAAGAACAAGACGAAGCUGAAGAGUUUCCUGCGGGAGUACAGUCUAACAGGCUCACUUAGCUGCAGCCCUUUCAUCAUCAAAGUCCUGGACGUGCUGUUCGAGACAGAGGACAGCUACGUGUUUGGACAAGAAUAUGCCCCCGCUGGGGACCUCUUCGAUAUCAUCCCCCCACAGGUGGGUCUGCCAGAGGAAAUGGUCAAACGCUGCAUGCAACAACUGGGCUUGGCUCUGGACUUUAUGCACAGCAAAAACCUGGUGCAUCGGGACGUCAAGCCUGAGAAUGUGCUUUUGUUUGACCGAGAGUGCCGCCGCAUCAAGCUGGCAGACUUUGGCAUGACACGGCGGGUGGGCUGCCGUGUGAAACGGGUGAGCGGCACCAUCCCCUACACCGCACCGGAAGUGUGCCGUGCAAGUCGUUCUGAGGGAUUCCUCGUGACCACCAGUCUGGAUGUGUGGGCGUUCGGCGUGCUGGUGUUUUGUAUGCUGACGGGCAAUUUCCCCUGGGAAGCAGCGCUGCCGUCCGACGCCUUUUAUGAGGAGUUUCGGCGCUGGCAGAAAGCAGGGUGUCCCGUGGGAACAUACCCGUCUCAGUGGCGCCGCUUCACUGAUGAUGCCUUGCGCAUGUUUCAGAGGCUGCUCGCCUCCGAGCCAGAAAAACGCUGCGGAGUCAAGGACGUCUUCUGCUUUGUCAAGUAUGAGCUGGUAAGCGAGCUCAGGCGCAGAGCUUCUUGCCGGGCCAAGAGAAGCGAGAGGUCAAGCACGGGAGCGUGCACUGGCAGUUGCACUUCCUCCUCUACCUCCUCUUCAUCGCGUUCCUCCCACCGACACCCUGAGCCCUCCACCCCACCCGGAACAUCCUGCCUGCGCCCAGCUCCGCUCAAACGCAGCGUUCUGUCCGACCCGCUGUCUCCCAGAGAGGAGCCCGGACAGCACCAGUCACCAGGCCGAGACAAGAACAAAAGCCAGAUGGUGAUGGCGACUGCCAUCGAAAUCUGCGUGUGACCACACUCAUGUUAGCGCUGGGGACGAGAUGGCUCGUCACGUAAUGACAAACUGUGAAGAGGUGUUAAUGACUCCUCCAGAGACUCCGGUGAAAAAGGAGAUGUACUCUAACCAUGGAAGAUUAGCUCAGGAUCACAUCCACUGCUGCGCAUAUGGACAUCAUCAAUCAGCGGUACACACUCUGACAGCUUUUCACCGGCAUGCGCCGCUUCGGUUUUCAUUAGCGACCAAAGACUGCUUCUCAUGCUGAAAGGCCAUACAGGCAGGCAGCGUGCAACAGUCCGCUGAUGAUGCUCCUCUCUGCAGCUCAUUGUGCCGUCCACACAUUUGUGUUUUCUACCCAUUCACAGUGGUGGUGCUACUGAUUCUAGAGUUAGAUAUUUGUCAUUUCUCACUCAUCACUCCUCGUCUCUUUACUUUAGAGUUGACUUAUCUCCGAAUAUUAGCUCCAGGGAGGCCAAAGUGUCAUCUGAUGAUGCUGUUCAGUCGGAGGCCGGUGAUCUGAGGGCAAUCCUCGCUACCACAUGCGUCUGCAAUUCCUCAGACUUCCUGCCAAUGCAUAUAUUCUGUUAAAGACUUCUUUUUUUCUUUGAGAGAAAGAGUGCUAAAGGAAAAAGACAAAAAGAUAGUUAAAUGUAGCAGUUUGUAUGAGACGUCUUUUCAUGUAAGUGUCUAGACUGAGAUACAGACAUCAUCACCUCAGGACUCUUCUGUGGGUCACUUCCUUUUUCUUUUUUUUUAUUAAUGAAAAUCCAUUGACUGGCUGGAAGACACAUCUGCCCCUUGUGAACUGCUCCAAAUGAGAUUCACUUCCAAUGUAACACAGUAGAAUACAGGGAUUGUACAUUAUCUGAGUGAAAAGGGUGAUGGAUCGAAGAUUAUUGUUUCUUUUCUACCUGCUGUGUGUGUUUGGACAAGUGUGUGUGUGUUGCAAACGCUAAGCACAAGAUUUUUGUAUAGGACAUAAACUCUUAGAGAAAAACACAACUCUUUAUUGUAAAUAAUUGAAUAUUUCUAGGAGUGCACCGUAUCAUCAGGUAGUUCAACAAUGUAGCUGUUCUAAUUUUCUACAACGGAGAAAAGGAUUGUAGGGGUUUUACAUUUACUGUCGGGGCAGCGCACUGUAUGUAGCAGCAAAAUAUGACAGAAUGUACAGUUUAUCACAAGAAGUCAAAUAUAUAGAUAUAUGAUCGAAAGCCUAUCACAGUUUAUAACAUGGUAGCAGCUGUUGUUCUCUGACUGCUUUCUUGGCCGAGACAAAUAAAGACAACACUCAUUUAAUUUUCCUGUCAUUACCUUAGCAUGGGCAACAUCCAUUUUCUGUACACAAUUAUUGUGCGUCUUUGUUGCCGGUGAGUUCAGCCAAUUUUUUGUCUUCAUUCGCGCAGUCAAAGCAAGUAGACACUACAAAUUAAUUUCCCAGCAACACAAAAGGUGUUCCAAUAUUUGAUUAUCUGGAUGCAACAUUAAAAACACAAUUCCCCGACUGCACAGAAUACGUUGUUACACCC